GGGCCGGGCCGGGGCCGCAGCCGCAGCCGGGGCCGAGCGCAGCGCAGCGCAGCGGGAGAUGGAGGCCGCGCCGGCAGAGCCGGGUCCCCCCGCGCCGCCGCCGCCGCCGCUCCCCGAGAGGAAGAAGAAGCCGCAGCGGGCGCCGUCGCCCGCCCGCCCCAAGGAGGUGCCCGGCUGGUCGCUGGCCAAGAGCCGGCGCGGCGGCGGCGGGGGACACCCGGGCGCGGCCCCGCGGCUGGCGGCGAGCGGCGCGCACCCGCACCCGCACCCGCGGCGGCCGGGCGGGGGCAAGGACGGGCGGCCCGACAAGCGGGGCCCGGCGGGGGCCCGGGCCGGCGGCAAGGGGCCGGCGGGGCGCGGUGCGGCGCGGCCCAAGGGCCGGCGGCACGGAGCCGAGACGGCGGCCCCCGGGGCGAGAAGGAGCGGGUCGGGACCCCGCUCGGUGCCCGGGCCCGGGCCGGGGUCCGGGCUGACCGACAGCAGCUCGGAGGUGUCGGACUGCAGCGCCUCGGAGGAGGCGAAGCUGCUGUCGCUGGAGCUGGGGCUGAGCGGCAGCGAUGGCGAGUCCCCGGGCAGCGCCCCGCCGCCGCCGCCCUCGGCCGGAGAGGCGUCGCCGCUGCCCGAGGAGCCCUCGGCCGCCUCCGUGGCCAGCAGCCGCCUGCAGCUCAGCACCUCGCUCGCCUUCUCCGACCUCACCGAGGAGCUGCUGGACGCCGGCACCGACGGGCUGCUCCGCGAGCUGGAGGACUUGCGCUCCGAGAACGACUAUCUCAAGGAUGAGAUCGAGGAGCUGCGUGCCGAGAUGCUGGAGAUGCGGGAUGUCUACAUGGAGGAGGACGUGUACCAGCUGCAGGAGCUGCGGCAGCAGCUGGACCAGGCCAGCAAGACGUGCCGCAUCCUGCAGUACCGGCUGCGCAAGGCCGAGCGCCGCAGCCUGCGCGUGGCACAGACCGGCCAGGUGGACGGCGAGCUCAUCCACAGCCUCGAGCAGGACGUCAAGGUGGCCAAGGACGUCUCUGUGCGGCUCCACAAUGAGCUGGAGGUGGUGGAGAAGAAGAGGAUCAGGCUGGAGGAGGAGAACGAGGAGCUGCGCCAGCGGCUGAUCGAGACCGAGCUGGCCAAGCAGGUGGUGCAGAACGAGAUGGACAAGCUCCGAGAGAACUCCCUGAAGAAGCGGGGGUCUCGCUCCUUGGGCAAGACUGAGAAGAAGCCAUCAGUGCAGGAGGACAGCGCAGACCUGAAGUGCCAGCUGCAUUUUGCCAAGGAGGAGUCAGCCCUGAUGUGCAAGAAGCUGACCAAGCUGGCCAAGGAGAACGACGGCAUGAAGGAGGAGCUGCUGAAGUACAGGUCCCUGUACGGGGACCUCGACAGCUCCCUCUCCGUGGAGGAGCUGGCUGACUCUCCCCAUUCCCGGGAGGCCGAGUUGAAGGUCCACCUCAAGCUGGUGGAGGAGGAAGCCAACAUCCUCAGCCGGAGGAUAGUGGAGCUGGAGGUGGAAAACCGUGGGCUGCGGGCGGAGAUGGAUGACAUGAAGGGCCAGGGGGACAGGGAGCUGCCGGGGCAGGACACGCGGUUCCUGGUGGGCGUCUCCAGCUGCGGGGACGCGGGGGACACAGUGGCCGAGCUGCGCCGGCACCUGCAGUUUGUGGAGGAGGAGGCCGAGCUGCUGAGGCGCUCGCUGCUGGAGCUGGAGGACCAGAACAAGCUGCUCCUGAACGAGCUGACCAAGUACAAGUCGGACCAUGAGCUGGACGUGACGCUGUCGGAGGACAGCUGCUCGGUGGUCAGCGAGCCCUCGCAGGAGGAGCUGGCCACGGCCAAGGUGCAGAUCAGCGAGCUCAGUGGCAAGGUGAAGAAGCUGCAGUAUGAGAACAGGGUGCUGCUCUCCAACCUCCAGCGCUGCGACCUGGCCUCCUGCCAGACCACCCGGCCCAUGCUGGAGACCGACGCCGAGGCCGGCGACUCGGCACAGUGCGUCCCCACCGCCGGCUGGAGGGACAGCAUGGGCAGCAGCGAGGCCGACGGGCAGGACAGGGGGCUGGGCACUGGGAAGGUGCCCGAUGGCCCUGCCAAACUGCUCAAGCCCAAGGACCUGGAGACCUUGCUGGGCAUCCGGGACCAGGCGACGCUGGUCAGUAAAGCGAUCGAUGUCUUGAUUUCGGAUGCCAACGGGUUCACCUCGGGGCUGAAGGCUUGCUUGGACAACGAGUGUGCGGGGGUGCUGCUGGGUGAGGCAGUGGGCAGCGGUGGUGACAGCCCCAGCGAUGCCAAGCUGAUGAACGUGCUGCUGAUGCGGCUGGGCGUGCUCCAGCAGGACCUGGGCUGCUUCGUGAGGAAGGUGGACCACCUCACCGGUGGAUUCAAGGAGCACACGGACUCGUUCCCCUUCUCCAGCCCCAGCAGCCAUGAUGUCACCAAAGAGCAUGCCUCUGACUUCCAGCAGCCUGAUUUUAGGGACGCCGACCCUUUCCGCAUCCCCCACACCAAGGACACGGACCCCGCCCAUCCCCGGAGCUACAAACCCUGCCGGGCUGAGGAGAACGACUCCUACGCCACCGAGGUGAAGGAGCUGCAGCUGGUGCUGUCAGAGGCCAACGAGAGCCUGCGGGGGCUGCAGGAGCAGCUCUCCCAGGAAAGGCAGCUGAGGAAGGAUGAGGUGGACAACUUCUCACAGAAGAUCUGCCAGCUGAAGGAAGACCACCAGAAAGCACUGCUGCGACGGGAGUUUGAGCUGCAGAGCCUGAACCUGCAGAGGCGGCUGGAGCAGAAGUUCUGGAGCCAGGAAAAGAACCUGCUGGUGCAAGAGUCACAGCAGUUCAGGCAGAGCUUCCUCCUGCUCUUCAUGAAGCUCAAGUGGUUCCUCAAGCGCUGGCGCCAGGGCAAGGUGGUGCACAGUGAGGGCGAGGACUUUUUGGAGGUGAACAGCAUGAAGGAGCUGUACCUACUUCUGGAAGAGGAGGAGCUAGCCCCGCAGCAACAGGCAGACAACAAGAUGUGUGCCGGGGACACCUGGACCCCCAACACGCCCAACGAGUGCAUCAAGACUCUGGCAGACAUGAAGGUGACCCUGAAGGAGCUGUGCACGGAGCUGCGCGAGGAGCGGCGCGGUGCCAGCGAGCUGCAGCAGCAGUUCACCAAGGCCAAGGCUGCCUGGGAGAUGGAGCGUGCUGAGCUCAAGUGCCACAUUGCCCAGCUGGAGUCAAAGGCAGGCAAAGGGAUCACAGAGCGUGCGCUGCCAGACUGGAAGGUGGCACUGAAGAGGGAGCGUGAGGAGCACCAGCAUCUCCUGGCCGAGUCCUACAGUGCUGUCAUGGACCUCACCAAGCAGCUGCAGAUCAGCGAGAAGAACUGGAACCAGGAGAAGGUGGAGCUGCUGGCUCGCUUCAAGGAGGAGCAGCAGCAGGCAGAGCAGCAAGCGAAGGACCUGCAGAACAAACUCAACCAGUUGCAGAAAGGAUCCAAUCCAUGGGCAUUGAAGCACUCUGAAAUGGAGAAGCACGGCGGCAACUGGAAAGAGGCUCUCAAUGAGAAAAUCACAGACAAGGAGACAAUCUCUGAAGCAGAAGCCAAGGGAACCAACCUCAAAAGGACCAAGUCUGUUUCCUCCAUGUCAGAGUUUGAAAGCUUGCUCGACUGUUCUCCCUACCUCUCUGGAAAGACUGUGCCAGGGCUGGGUGACCAUGCCCGAUGCAAAAAGGCAUCCUCAACCACCCAGAUGCUGCCCAAUGGGAUCCGGGACAGCGCCAGCCUUCCUCCCUCAAACUGUACAUAUGUGAAUAUCGAACAACCUGCCCCUGACAGCCUGGCCAAGGAGAAGCUGGGCAUCUCCUCCUGGGACUACUCACGGGCAAGCAGCCUCUCUGGGCACGACCCAGCUCAGAAACAAAUCCAGAGGAGCUACACGGCACCUGACAAGACAGGGAUCCGCAUCUACUACAGCCCGCCGGUGGUGCGGCGGCUGGAGGCGCCUCUGGUGCACAACAAGGAGGGCAAGAUCAUGAUCGAGCCCGGAUUCUUGUUCACCAUGGCCAAGCCGAAGGAGCUGGAGGAGUCAGCCAGCGCUGAGGGCACCUACAGCCAGUGGCUGUGCAACUUCUCCAAGCAGCAGCAGGAGCUGCUGGACGGUGGCGCGGGGGAGAGCGCGGUGCCGCCGGUGCCGCGCUUUCCCCCCUCGCUGCACGACCUGGAGAUCUCCGGCAACAUGAGCGACGACAUGAAGGAGAUCACCAACUGCGUGCGCCAGGCCAUCCGCUCCAGCUCGCUCGAGAGGAAGGUGAAAAGCACCUCCAGCCAGACAGUGGGGCUGGCCCACGUGGGCACACAGACCAUCCAGACGGUGAGCGUGGGCCUCCAGACCGACCUGCCCCGCGGCGCCGGCAUGCAUAGCAAGAGCUGGUCCCCGCGCAGCUCCUCCCUUGUGUCCGUGCGCAGCAAGCAGAUCUCCUCCUCCCUGGAUAAGGUCCACUCCAGGAUCGAGCGGCCAUGCUGCUCCCCAAAAUACGGCUCUCCAAAGCUCCAGAGGAGGUCUUCCUCCAAGCUGGACGCCUCCAAGGACAGGAGCCUGUGGAACUUGCACCAGAGCAAGCAGAAUGGCUCUGCCUGGGCCCGCUCCACCACCACCCGCGACAGCCCCGUCCUCAGCAACAUCAACGAUGGCCUGUCCAGCCUGUUCAGUGUGGUGGAGCAUGCGGGCAGCACCGAGUCCAUCUGGAAGCCGGGCUGCCCUGAGAGCAGCCGGGCCAAGCCCGAAGCACCCAAGUAUGGCCUCGUGCAGGAGUUCUUCAGGAACGUCUGCGGGCGGGCUCAGAGCCCCACUGCCCCCCAGGAGAAGAAGGAGGCCACUGGGGAGGAGAGCAAGAGAGCAGAGCACCCCAGCCCCGCCACCCACCACGAAAACAUCUCCCGUGUCUUGAACAAGAAGGUCCUCAAGCAGGGCAGCUGUGAGGACCCCAAGCCCUCGUCCCUAGGCCAGGGCAAUAAGGACGCAGCCCUGCGGGACCCCGACCUCAUCUCGGCUAUAGCCAGCGAGGACACGGCGUGUGACUGCAGCUCCCAGUCCCUCACCUCCUGCUUUGCCCGGCCGUCCCGCUCCGCGGUCCGCCACUCCCCCUCCAAGUGCAAACUGCACCCCGCGGACCCCCCCAGGGCGGAGGAGAAGCCGGGGGCCUCGACCUGCAAUGUAAAACCAAGUGCAUUUUAAAAAUACCGAAAUGAGCUACUUUGGAGAGGCACCAAUUGGAUUAAGAGAUUGUGGUUUGGGAGACUGCAGCGUGGCCCGUGGUCUGCGCCGCGCAUCCCUCUGUCACCACC